AUGUGCGUUUGGACUGAACUGAAAGAGGCAUGGGCUGGAAGAGAACGGGACUGGGACCAGGCCUACCUAGCAGGUCUUUUAGGACUGGGAAUGGGGACAGGAGCAAGUAUGCGUGUCCGUAACGCCUAUCGUGGUGUGUUGAGGGGCGUGUGCAAUAUUCCCGGCGCUGAUUCUCUUUCUCUUUCAGUUUCUGUCGGAAUGGGUCUCCUCAGUCUCUCCUCUCUCUCUAUCUUUCUCUUUCUCAAAAGUCUGCGUUGA